AUGCCUCGCGGACCUAAGAAGCACCAGAAGCGCCUUAGCGCGCCUUCUCACUGGCUCCUGGACAAGAUGUCCGGAACCUACGCCCCCAAGGCCUCCCCCGGUCCUCACAAGCUCCGGGACUGCCUGCCCCUGAUCGUCUUCAUCCGCAACCGUCUCAAGUACGCCCUUAACGGCCGUGAGACCAAGGCGAUCAUGAUGCAGCGUCUGAUCAAGGUCGACGGCAAGGUCCGCACCGACCCUACCUACCCCGCUGGCUUCAUGGACGUCAUCGGCAUCGAGAAGACCGGCGAGAACUUCCGUCUCAUCUACGACACCAAGGGUCGCUUCACCGUCCACCGCAUCCAGGCUGAGGAGGCCGAGUACAAGCUCUGCAAGGUCAAGCGUGUUCAGCUCGGCAAGGGCGGGAUCCCAUUCUUGGUUACGCACGAUGCGAGAACAAUCCGUUACCCCGACCCCGCCAUCAAGGUUAACGACACCGUGAAGAUCGACAUUGCCACUGGCAAGAUCGCCGACUUCGUCAAGUUCGACACUGGUGUUGUCGCCAUGGCCACCGGUGGUCGUAACAUGGGUCGUGUCGGUGUCGUCACCCACCGUGAGCGCCACGAUGGUGGUUUCAACAUCGUCCACAUCAAGGACGCUAUUGACAACACCUUCGCCACCCGUGAGUCCAACGUCUUCGUCAUCGGUCAGGACAAGCCCUGGAUCUCCCUGCCCAAGGGCAAGGGUGUCAAGCUCUCCAUCGCCGAGGAGCGUGACCGCCGCCGUGCCCUCCAGUAG